AUGCCUCCUCAACUAUUACCCGCGAGCGCUGCUGCCUUUGCGCCGAGAGCUUCCAGUGUCAACGUCGUGCUGGGUUCCAAAAUAGAGCCAUGGUUAACCCAAACGCUCAAGAGGGUCAACAAGGUCAAGAGGCCGUUAAAUUCGGUCCCGCAGCACCACCGAUGCCUGACAGAAAUCCUGUCUUCGCCCAACGCCAUUUGGACACUGACCUCUAUGAUGCUGCCCAAGCUGCCGGACUCUGAGUUGCGCACCGACUCGAAUCCCCUGGUCGAGGCCAUGUUCAACUACCAACUCAUCCACGUUGAGGCUUACAUCGUUCACGUGGACAUGGUGUUGCGCAACGAGGUCGCCUACAAAUUAACGCCAGACACCAUCGAGGCUUUGAUCCAAUAUCAUAAGGACAUCCACUGCGUGAACGCCAAAGCGGGCACCUACGAGUGGUCGGAGAAGGAGCAGCAGGCCAAGAAGCUACACGAAGACUUUAUCCAGGCCAUCAACAGGUUCGUGUACCGCACUCACGUCUCUGCGCUUGAGGGACUUGAAGAGGAAGGCGCUGGUGAGUUGCUGUGUGGAAAGAGCGAGGAGGUCAAGAACAACAUCACGGGGUUGAUGAAGCCCCUUCUACCGCCGCCCCCGAGGAUCGUGGAUGUCGUGCGACAGCCCCCAUUGCUGCCCAGUUCCCCGGUUGGCAGCAUAUGGUCCCAGUCAACUCCGUCACCCGCGCUGCCUGCACCGGUUGAGGCCUGGCGUGUGCUGCCCUCGAGUCCCAGCGUCACAUCUUCGGCAGAGUCCAACACACCGAUAUGGGCCAACAUGGCUUUCAGCGAAGUUCAACUACCCUCACCGACACCUUCCUACAGCCAACCCUAUUCCUCUGCCGGGUUGUUCUACAGCUCAUCAAUGGCCUCCGCCCCCAUACCAGCGCUUCCGCUGCCUAGCAUGCUGGCGCCUCAAUGCGGUGUCAGCGUGGGAUAUGGUGGUUUUGGUUGGGACAGCAGGUUCCAGGAGUACGCGGCGACAAUGUGA